AUAGUCUCGCAAAAACCAUCGAUGGAACCGGCUGGAACUGAACCAUCGAUAAUAAACUGGAUCCGAAUGGUUUGAUACCACCUCUUGCUCCCGCGGAACGCCGACUAUAAUCUAGACAAUUCGACCGAGUGGCCAGUAAAUGCGCUCAGACCAGGGUAUCCACCUCCAAAUAUCGGACGCUGCGCCACAGCCAGAAUUCCGGGACUCAAAGGCGGCGCAGCAGGCUCUACUAACGGGAUUUCGGCUUGAGGAAACACAUCCAGUUAUUUUUAGGCAAUCAUCACAAAUAUAGAUGCCAUACUAAGCUGAUGGUCAGGUAUAGUGAUUUGCUAGAGGAACCAGUAAAAAGUGCCGGAGAAUGGCCGAUCGCGUCCUGUGCCAAGAAUUGGCAGCGCCCGGGAAUCACUAUCGCCGCCCAAAAUCAGGAAUGGGAAGUCCCAGUACGGCUUAUGCCAACGGGGGAGGAUCCUGGCGAGGAGCUCCCAGGCCACACCAGAAGCCAAAGCAGAGCCCGCAACUAUACUGCAAUAGUCCGGCGGUCAAGCCCGGUGCUGAAGAGCAGCCAGCGAAGCCGACAGGAUCCGAAGUAGUGGGCUUACCCGCCACCCCGCGAACAAAUAAGCAGCAGGCGCGCAAUAAAAGCGAAGAAGCCAUCACUGAUCUCCUUGUGCGAAUACCGGACAUUACCCAGCUGUUCGACAUACAUAGCCGAAUUGGCAACGGAACCUUCAGCACGGUUUUGCUGGCAACAUUGCGAAGGGAAUCGCAUCUGCCGGACAGUCUGCGUCGCAAAUAUGCCAUCAAACAUCAUAUACCCACUAGCCAUCCGGACAGGAUAAUGAAGGAGCUACAGUGCAUGACCAAAAUGGGGGGAACUCAGAACGUGGUGGGCAUCCACUGUUGCAUUCGCUGCGAUGCCUCCGCCGCCUUCGUUAUGCCCUACAUGGCCCACGAUCGAUUCCACGACUUCUACACACGGAUGGACGUGCCCGAGAUCCGACUCUAUAUGCGCAAUCUACUGGUGGCUCUUCGCCAUGUCCACAAGUUCGAUGUGAUCCAUCGUGACGUGAAGCCGAGCAACUUUCUCUACAAUCGUCGCCGGCGCGAGUUUCUCCUGGUGGAUUUCGGCCUGGCCCAGCAUGUUAACCCACCGGUAACGGGAGCUUCUGCGGGAUCCGCUAGCACCGGCGGCGUUUCGGCCAGCAGCAACAACAGCAAACGACCCCGAGAACAAGAGUCGACGGAGGCAGUGCAGCAAAGUACUCCAGCGGAUGCUGGUUUGGGUGGUGCUGUUAAGCGAAUGCGCCUGCACGAGGAAUCCAAUAAGAUGCCCCUAAAGCCUGUCAACGAUAUAGCCCAAAGCGAAUUGCAGUCGCCGGCUGUGGAUGGCUCCAAUCCCGUCCAGCAGCAGCAGCAGCAGCAGCAACCAGCUCAACAGCAGCAGCAGCAGCCAGCUCAAGCACAGGUGGAUCAAACGCCAAACGCCGCAUCCGGCAGCAAGUACAAUACGAAUCGAAAUGCCUCGGGAGCGGCGGCCAAUAAUGCCAAGUGCUUCUGCUUUGCCAACCCCUCGGUUUGUCUCAACUGUCUGAUGAAAAAGGAGGUGCAUGCAUCCAGGGCAGGAACACCUGGCUAUCGGCCGCCGGAGGUUUUGCUCAAGUAUCCGGAUCAAACCACCGCCGUGGACAUCUGGGCGGCAGGUGUGAUUUUCCUCUCGAUCAUGUCGUCAGUGUAUCCGUUUUUCAAGGCCCCCAACGAUUUCAUUGCUCUGGCCGAGAUUGUCACCAUUUUUGGAGAUCAAGCCAUCAGGAAGACGGCUUUGGCUUUGGAUCGCAUGAUUACUUUGAGCCAAAGGUCCAGACCGCUGAAUCUAAGGAAGCUGUGCCUCCGUUUUCGCCACCGCUCCGUUUUCAGUGAUGCCAAGCUACUGAAGAGCCACCAGUCCGUGGAUGGCAACUGUGAGGUUUGCCGGAACUGCGAUCAGUACUUUUUCAACUGUCUCUGCGAGGAUAGCGAAUAUUUAACGGAGCCCUUGGAUGCCUAUGAAUGCUUUCCGGCCAGUGCAUACGAUUUACUCCAUCGUUUGUUGGAGAUUAAUCCCCAUAAGCGCAUUACUGCCGACGAUGCAUUGAAGCAUCCGUUUUUCACGGCUGCCGAAGAAGCAUCCGAGCAGCAGGAUCAGGAGGCAAAUGGAACACCACGCAAGGUGCGAAGGCAUAGAUAUCAGAAUCACAAAACGGUUUCCGUCACUCCGGAGCAACUGAAGCAGCAAGUGGCCCUCGAUCUACAGCAGACGGCCAUCAACAAAAUGUGAAACUAGUCCUCAUUCAUACAUUUGUACAUAGAAAUUACCCUAAUCACAUAUCACGAUUGUAUAUAAACUUCAAAAAACAAAACAUCCGAGCACCUCUCAUAAGCACCCCAAAAAAAAAAAAAAAAAGAACGUCCAGUGUACUAUAUCCAAGUGCCCGGCUCGGCCACGCCUACUUACCUCAAGCUGCAGGAAGAAGAAACACCAAAUGAAGCACCCUCAACCCACACAUAUUUAUAUAGAAACGUAUCAAUCAUGAACAAUAGGAAAGGAAUACCAAAAAUAUAAGAAGAAAGUACAUGGAGUACAUAUUAUAUAUGAAAUGGCCGAAAGGCACGAAUGGCACGAAUGUUAAGCGCGAAGGAAACCCAAGUGCAUGGCCACUGCUCAGUGGCAAUUCUGCACUGCAUGUUGUAUAGUUCGAAUAGUCUUAACUUACCUAAAAAUAAUAAUCUAUUGUAUUUAUAUAUCUGGAAAUCAUGUGAGCAGAGACAUAUAUAAAAGUGAAAAUAUAUUUAUACCAUGAAGUAUGAA